UUCGCAUUAUCUACGAUCCUUUUAUUCGCGAAAAAACUGGAAAUCACUCCCAGAGAUGGGGCUUCAUAUCCUUAAAACGACACCCUUCUAUUCUUCCUCCUCCAAAGCUCUACUCUGUACCACCACCACUCUUGCUAGAUGUAUCGGUUCUAAUUCUGUUGUUCCUUGUAAUACUCGCUUGAGAUUUCCAUCUUCUUUGCCAAAGGCCAUUAUUUGCUCCAUCUCUUCAUCUGGGUCCGGAAGGUUUCUCCACCAAAGCAAUCGUAGGUACCGGGGGAGCGUGGUCGUGGCUAUGGCUGCUUCUGGGUCGAUCCAGAAAUCUGAGGAAGAGUGGCGUGCUAUUCUCUCCCCCGAGCAAUUUCGAAUUUUGAGAGAAAAGGGCACUGAGUAUCCAGGCACCGGAGAAUAUGACAAGUUCUUUGGUGAGGGUGUUUAUAACUGUGCAGGAUGUGGCACUCCGCUCUACAGAUCUACAACGAAAUUCAAUUCUGGCUGUGGUUGGCCUGCUUUCUAUGAAGGUCUCCCUGGAGCCAUUAAUCGUAAUCUGGACCCAGAUGGGAUGAGGAUUGAGAUUACUUGUGCAGCUUGUGGUGGGCAUUUAGGCCAUGUAUUUAAAGGUGAAGGGUUUCGAACGCCCACAAACGAACGCCAUUGUGUCAAUAGCAUAUCACUCAAGUUUGUUCCUGCUAAUUCUGGGCAGUAAAUCCUGUUAUGGUAGCAGAUAUGUUGGUACUAUUCAUUAUUUAUAGGAAACAUGGCCAUAAUGGCAGUAAAUUCUGUUUAAUUUCAG